GUUGCGCUUGUGGCGAUGGCGAUCCUCGAGUCCCCGCGCGUCGGCGCUGGAAUGCUGGAUCGCAUCCGAUCCCUCACGGAUGUCGGCACCAUGAAUCGGAUGCUCCACGAGAGCAUUGCGUACGAGCGCAGCAUCGACGGCGAGCUGGAGAGCCUCCUCGCGCAGCGCCAGGAGGUGGAGAAGAAGCUGCUAGGGCUCCACCGGACGGGCGAGGUGCUGGAGAUCGUCCGCGCCGACGCGGAGCAGAUGCUCCGCAGCGUGGAAUCGACGUGCUCGCUGGCCAAUCUGGUGAGUGGCAAGGUGAGGGAGCUGGAUCUGGCGCAGUCGCGGGUCCAGGAGACCCUAGCCCGGAUCGAGGCGAUCGUGGAUCGCGGCAGCUGCAUUGACGGCGCCCAGAAGGCGCUGGCGAGCGAGGAUUACGAGUCGGCGGCCAGGAACGUGGAGAGAUUUCUCCAGCUCGAGGAGAGGAUGGGGGGCCUGGUGGAUCCCGCGAGUGACCAGCACGUCCAGCUGCUGGAAUCCAAGAGGAAGCUGGAGGAGGUGAUCAAGAAGAGAUUCUACGCGGCAGUGGACGCGAGAGAUCACGCCGGGGUGGUGAGAUUCGCGUCGCUGUUUGCUCCUCUUGGGCUCCACGAGGAAGGGAUCAAGGCCUACGUGAGCUACCUGAGGAGAUCGGUGGAUCAUCGCGCUCGCGAUGGCUUCGCGGCCGUGAAGGAGACUCCAGACCAGGCGGACUUUGUGGCGGCGCUCAACAACAUCUUCAAGGACAUCGCCGAGGCGAUCGAGGAGAACGAGGAGCUCCUCAAGAGCUUGAAUGGAGAGGAUGGGCUCGUCUACGCGAUCCUGGAGCUGCAAGAGGAGUGUGACUCGCGCGGCUCGGCCAUCGUGAAGAAGUAUAUGGAGUUUCGCGGGCUGGCCAAGCUGGAGAAGGAGAUCAUCGCGCAGACAAACGCGGAGAAGGACAUCGUCGCGCAGUCCAAGCUCUUGAUGUCCGCCAGUGGCGCUGUCGAGGGGCCGGAUCUCCGCAGCAUCGAGAUGUUCUUGGAGGAGAUCCUGCUCUUGAUCCAGACCAGCGAAGACUACACGCAGUAUAUGAUCGGGAGAGUGAGGGAGGCUGGAUCUUCCGGAGCUCACUUCAGCCCGCGCGCCACCACAUCUUUCAAAGUCGGGAGCUUCUACCGCGCGGUGCAAGAGCUGACGAGCCACUAUCGCUUGCUGGAGGAGUACUUCAUGGCAGAGAACGUCCGCAAGGCGAUCAAGCUGGACGAGUUCCCGGCCAAUUCCCUGACGACUUCGGUUGUGGACGACGUCUUCUACGUGCUCCAGAGCUGCACCAGACGCGCGGUCUCCACGUCCAACGUCCAUCUCACGCUCUCGAUCGUCACUUGCGCGGCCAACCUACUGGGAAACGAGUACAAGGACGCGCUCCAGAGGAAGAUGCGCGAGCCAAACCUGGCGAUGAAGCUCUUCGCCGGAGGAACAGGGGUGGUGAAAGUGGGAAUGGAGGUGGCGGCGGCGCUAAACAACAUGGACGUGAGUGCCGAGUACGUCCUCAAGCUAAAGGCCGAGAUCGAGGAGCAGUGCAACGAGAUCUUCCCCGGCCCCGCCGAGAGGGAGAAGCUCAAGUCCUCGCUACUGGAGCUGGGCGAGGCGAGUGUCUCGUUGCGGCAGAUCACAAACUCGGGCCUCGAGCAGCUCGCCAACUGCAUCGCCCCUCGGCUGCGCUCCACGCUAGACGCGGUGGGGACUGUUUCUUACGAGCUCACCGAAGCACAGUACGCCGAGAACGAGGUGAACGAUCCGUGGGUCCAGAAGCUGCUGCACGGAGUGGAGGCCAACGUGAGCUGGUUGCAGCCGCUGCUCACGGCCGGGAACUACGACACGCUCGUCCACCUCGUCAUCGACUUCAUCGUGAAGCGGCUGGAGGUUGUCAUGGGCCAGAAGCACUUCAACCAGCUGGGGGGACUGCAGCUGGACAGGGACGCGCGAGCGCUGGUGGGGCACUUCUCGGGGAUGACGCAGAGGACGGUGCGGGACAAGUUUGCGCGGCUCUCGCAGAUGGCCACCAUCCUCAACUUGGAGAAGGUGUCGGAGAUCCUCGACUACUGGGGGGAGAACUCGGGGCCCAUGACGUGGAGGCUCACACCCAACGAGGUCCGUCGCGUUCUGGGGCUCCGGCUGGAUUUCAAGCCCGACGCCAUCGCCGCGCUCAAGCUGUGAGCCAUAGCGACGUCCGAGUCUCGAUCGAUCGAUGGGAACUUUUGUCCGUCGGGUAGAGGAGAGAAGCUCAGCUCCCCCCCGGAAAGGUCCAAGACUCUUUCCAGGAGGACGACGUUCCAGCGCUCGCCAUCGCCAUUGCUCCAGCGGUUUCUCUUGCGGCUUUAAUUUUCUCGUUGGAAAGGAAGAUGGCUUGAAUGAAUUUGUAGCUGGCAAGCACAUGUAACUGGCGGCUGGUGGCCAAGGAUGGAGCUUUCAUUCACACUGGAGAUUCCACUGUGUUGGUAGAAUAUUCUCCCUUUAUAAAAAAAAUUCUACUCUGUUGGUAGAAUAUUCCUCCAUUUUUAAAAAA